GGUACAAAAUUAUAAAGCCGUGUAACUUGAUGCGCAUGCGCCAAUUUUGACAUUUGUGCUAGGUGUAAUUUUGCAAACUUUCUCAAUUUUCCUACUUUACAAAUACCAAAAACUUUGCAAAAAUGUCAGCGUGGCGUGCAGCUGGUCUCAAUUACAUUAACUUUUCAAACAUCGCUGCUAGAUUAUUGAGAAGAGCCUUGAAGCCCGAAUUUCGGGCCGAAGCUGCCAAACGGGACGAAUCCCACAUUAGGAUCACCAAAUGGGCGGAUGGCAAACCCAUCAAUGCACGCGAGUAAAUGCGACAGGAAUCCUCAGCUUAAGCUAAUUGGAAGGGGAUGCUUUAAUUGUUAGAAAAAGAGAUGUAAAGUUUUUCCGUCAUUUAUUAAUUAAUAUAAAACAUUAAUAGAU